ACGAGUUCUCUCGAUCGCGUGAACCAACUCUCCCGUUGGAUCUCUUGAAGAAGCAGAAUCGGUCCGUUUAGCUCAUCUGUUCUGGGAAGACGAUCCUCUCAAUUGAUAUGGCUGUCGUCAAGGAAUUCGAUUAUCUAUGCCGUCUAUGCGCGACGAAAACUGGCAUACUGAUGGGAUUGCCGAUCUUCGAAGCCGGCGAUCAGAUGCGCAACAUUGACAAGAAGAUAGCCGCGUGCUUGCCAGUCCAGGUAUCUAUGACCGAUCAAUUGCCGAAAGUGGUGUGCGAAGAGUGCGCGUACAAGUUAGACCAGUUGUUCGAUUUUCGUGAAAAGUGUUUACUCACUGAGGGGCUGUUCAUGGAAAUGUUGAAAGAAUUUUCUAAGGAUGACGUCGUUCAUAUAUCUAAACGGGAUUUAGAAGAAGCAGAAGAAAUAAACAGGAUCCAAAGGAAUAUCGAUAGAAUACAAAGUGAUAUUGAAGAUGCACAGAAUCGUGUGACUUCGGGAGACACGGGAGAGACUACUAUACACACGAUGCAGGUCAUGGAUGAAAUGGAUCUAGCUGGUGGUGAACAGGUUGUCACCCAGGAAGAAAUGGGCCAACAGGACACAGAUAUUGAAGUCACUGGUAUUGAUUGUUUGGACGGAGACACUGUCAGAAUGGUGGACGAACAUAUACGGGGGGUAUCUAAUCAUCAAAUAGCAAUGCACUUGGAAGGCGACAUGACCGUCGUUGGGAAUUUGACGGUCAGCAGUCAUUUAAGUCAGUUAGGAAUAAAUUAUGUUACUUCCAUAAGUCCUGAAGAUCAGAACAGAGAGCCAAUCGUACAUUACUGUGACAGUGUCAAGUACGAGUCUGUACCAAUAAAAGAAGAAGAGUAUCACAGACUGCAGGAGAGAUUAACUGCUAAGGAUUCUUUAAGUGUACUUGAAAAUAAUGUGCCACAUGAGAGUUUUGGAACUGCACAACCAGAGACUGGAAGCGAUAUAGAAGAAACACACGUGAUCAAGAACGAAGCCUCGAGACACGCUGUUCGAACAAAUACGAUGGCAUCGACGAGUCAAGUGACAACAGGGAAUGCCGAGAUUUUAGUAGAAUACACGAAAAGAACGAAACACGCGUUAUUAGAGAGCACGUUAAAUAAUCCUACAAUCGAUGAAACCGGAUCGCACUGGUACGUGUGUCCGUUUUGCAACGAGGCAAUACUAGGUUCGAGCAAUAUGAUAACACAUUACGAACAAUAUUUCUGUUGCUGUCCUUGCGGUUUAUAUUUUACAAGCGUAGACGCGUUAAGUGUACAUAAAGAAAGAUGCGACGCGGAGAAAGAUAAAACGAUAAAUAAAGAAAAGGAGGUAAUGGAAUCGGAAUUGACUCCUGAGAAUGACGCGAAUAUAGAGGAGAAAAAGCAAACGGCGGUGAGACAGAAGUGGACCCCGAAAGUUUGCACUCAUUGCGGGAAGCAGUACAGAACGAAUUAUAAACUGCAAGAGCACAUGCGUAAACAUACCGGUGAAAAGCCUUUUCAGUGUGUGACCUGUGACAAAGCGUUUCGUAGUAAAAUCGGACUCGCACAGCACUCGGCCACGCACACCGGACAAUUCGAUUACAAUUGCUCUACGUGCGGUAAAGGUUUCCAGUCGAAAAGUUAUCUCGUUCUUCACCAAAGAGUACACUCGGAUCUAAAGCCGUUUCCUUGCAACACUUGCGGGCAACACUUCAAAACGAAACAGUCGCUGCUGGACCAUCAGAAUAGGCAUUUAGGCGUGAAACCCUACGUCUGCGAGAUCUGUGGCCGAGGUUUCAUAACUAAGGGACUUUGCAAGAGUCAUCAGAAGAUACACUCGGGCAUGGACAACCGUCAGUAUCCCUGCGUAGUGUGCAACAAGAUGUUCGUCAGUAAGAGUUAUCUGAACACACAUCUGCGCAUUCACACCGGCGAGAAACCGUAUUUGUGCGAGGUUUGCGGCAAAGGAUUUGUAACGCGCGUCGAUCUGAAAAUUCACUCGACGAUGCACACCGGCGAGAAAAGUUUUAAAUGCGACAUGUGCGGCAAGGUAUUCGCUCGAAGAGCGGCUUUGAGGUGUCACAGAAGGUUACACACCGGUGAACGGCCUUACAGAUGCGACGUGUGCGGCAAAACGUUCACGCAGUUCACCCCGAUGGCGAUUCAUAAAAGAUUGCACACAGGCGAGAGACCGUACGAAUGCGACGCUUGUGGGAAAACGUUCGUAUCGCGGUCGACGAUGAUGUGCCACAAGAAGAAGCAUCACGGCGCAGCGCCCACACAGAAGGAAGAAUCUGUUCCUCGGCAAGGCGAAACAAAAAACGAAAUCGCACUUCGGGAUACCCAGGACAGAGUCCAGACAAACGCGGAUUGAAGCGCACGAUCAAAAGCAACGCAUGAUAGAGGAUAGAAGAAUAUCAAGCCUGCAUUUUGUAAGAAGACGUUAGUCACCACGAUGUAUUCCUUUACUGUAGCGUACGUUAAGAAAUUGUAUACAAAGAAUAUAUUUUCGAGGAUUCUUAGCAAAGGGGUAACGAUGUUUUCUAAAGCGAUUCGCACCUAACGAGUAACGUGAAAUUGAACAGUCACUUAAAUUAUCUUUUUCUUUCUUAUAUCGGUAUAAAUACUUUACCGAAGUGAUUUUACUUUUUUUAUUUAUAACUCAUAUUUAAAGUUUCUCCUAUUUUGAAAAUCGAUACGGUUAACUGAUAGUUAGUCAAUUCUUAGUUAGGGAGGAAAUAAAUACUUUCAAGCUUCUUUCAUUAAUAAAUUUCUUCGCCGACCUGUGCAGAGCAGAUUGUUUUAAAACUUUAGUAAACUUAUUGCCUAUAUGUAUAUUAUAUAUAUUAUAUAGUUUUUUAAACUCCGAUAGAUGUCUAUGAUCAUUUAAAAAAAGCUCAAAUUAAACAAUAAUUACAUCCGAACCAAGAGGACUGGAUUUUAAAAGCGGAUAAUUUAUUUUUAAAGCUUGCUUAGAAUAUUAAAAACGUAACUCGUUUUACGGAUCACAUGAAAAUAUACACUUUACAUGUUAUGCGCGUUAAAAGUUGUAAUUAUGAACGAGAAUUUGAGAGGAUGGAACACCUACAUAUUUAUCUAUGUAUAAUACGAAUACCAUGAUUGUCGUGAGGAGAGCGAAAUAUUUUCUUAUCAAUGCUAGCGAGACGUUCAAAUAUUAUUUAACAAAUGAAGGCUGAUAGCUACUUUUACUGCAAGGAAGUGUAAUACAGAGCGAUAGUGAUUAUAUAUCUCGCCGAUGAUAUACUGUUUUUAACGUAAUAAAAGAGAGUAUAUAGCUACCUUUGUAAUCACCUUUGACAAUGCAUUCUUCUGUGGCAUCUCAACUUUAAAAGAAAACAGCUUUCAGCACUACACACAGUAGAAAUUGUGAUAUAUAUAUAUAUAUAUAUAUAACGAAUUUGUAAAUUUGUGAUGAUUGUAAUAUCACCGAUAAACAGCUCGGUAAAAAAAUAUAAAAAAACUUUACAACCCGAUCGUCUUUUCUUUAUAUGUAAAUGCUCAUUCUGUUUAAGAGAUAAUAAAUUAGUUUCUUCUCUAAGGUGACUAGCAGGUACGAAGCUGAAUUAGCAAGCGGAAAAAGAUAAUCGGGCUUAUUAAAAAUUCAUUUUAUUUUGAAACGGUAUUAAAUAAUAAUGACGGCUGCUAAACUGA